AAGCUUAUUGGAUAAAAUAAAAAUGUAUGGACACCCAUUGCAUGUAAUACACGAGAAGGACCCUCUUGAAUUAAACCCCGGGAAACCAAAGAAAAAGCUCACAGCUUUGAAAGUAUUUAUAUCUAUUUUCUUAGUCUCAUCGUUGAUAUAUGUGAUUACCAAUCGAGGCAAAUAUGAGGAAUUGUCUACAUACUUUUCCAAACCUUCCACUAGUUUUGUAUAUACAGUUGAACCAAGUAUAACUACCGGUUUACAAAGAAGAGAGGACGACAACAAAGAUUCUCAAAAGACUACAAGUAAGACAGAUCCAACUCCCACAGACAAGAAAGAGGAUACCAAGACCACAGACAAGCCUUCCAAAACAUCAAGUGAGGAUAAAACUACUAAGACCACAGAUAAGCCUUCCAAAACAUCAAAUGAGGAUAAAACUACCGAUAAGCCAACAUCAAAAGCCACUGACAAAUCUUCAGAUGACAAAACUACUGAUAAGUCAACGGAUGACAAGAAUAGCAAAGCCACAGACGAACCAAAAGAUGACAAGGAUGUUAACACGGAUUCCAAGUCUACUAAAUCCGAUUCUAAACCCACAAAAACCACAUCAAAACCCGAUCCAACACCUACAGAAACUGAAAGUUCUGCUCCAGUGCCGGUUUAUGACCAACCAGGUAUCAGGUUUGUGUUUGCCUUAUUUGGGUUUAUUCUUUUAAAUAUGUUUGCCAUUGUGAUUCAUCACAUAUAUAUGGUUGCCUCGAAGGCAGGGAACACUUAUAAAACUGUUGACGAUGAUAUAUCGCCAUUCUAGAGUAUAAGUUUAUAGUUUUGUAUAUUUGGAUUUAAAGGGUUACUUUUCGUACGUGUUCAUCCU